ACAGGAAGUGGUGAAAGCUGAAAUCUUUACUGCGCGCUUUUAAACACGCGUUUUUUCAACUAGAAUAAGAAAACCGUAGGAAAAGUGUCCACCGCGGCAUCUGUUAGGUAAAUUUUGAACCACAAACUGUUAACGACAUCUAGCGGCUGCAUUCGUACUAAAUAUUUUUUAUGGAUUGUUUUGUUGCGUUCUCGUCAUGCCAGAGCUGUCUAUAAAAGCAAAAAUUGUGAUAAAAAGGUUAUCAAGAAUACUCUUUUAAGUACCAGUCAAGGUCAUACAGAUAUGCUAGAUGUACAAUCGAGAGAUGAGAAAGGAAUGGUGCGCGGCCACCAGCGGGCGCCCUCCGGCUCGCGCGAGCUGAAGGAGCUCUUCAAGCGAGAUGCGCAGACGAGGCUGGACCAGGACCUGGCCCGGCUGCUGGCCUCGGCGCCCGAGAAGCAGCGCCCGCUCAUCAAGGAGGAGCUGGACAGCUUCUCGGAGCUCUUCAAGCGCUUCCUGCUGGAGGAGGGCCCGUCCGUCGAGUGGGACCGCAUCGAGAAGCUGCCCGACGACGCGGUGAAAGACUACAGCGCUCUGCCCCAGCCCACGGCCGACAAGGUCCACGACAUGCUCGGCAAGCUGGUGGUGGUGAAGCUGAACGGGGGCCUGGGGACGUCCAUGGGCUGCCACGGGCCCAAGUCCGUCAUCUCCGUGCGGUCCGGGCUCACCUUCCUCGACCUCACCAUGAAGCAGAUCGAGCACCUCAACAAGACGUACAAGGUGAACGUUCCUCUGGUGUUGAUGAACUCGUUCAACACGGACGAAGACACGCAGAAAACCAUCCGCAAGUACGAGGGCCUGCAGGUUGAGAUCUACACCUUCAGUCAGAGCUGCUACCCGCGAAUCAGCCGCGACUACCUGCUGCCCAUCCCGAAAGAUGUCGACGUCGACGCCAACCUUGAAGCGUGGUACCCUCCCGGUCACGGUGACUUCUACCAGAGUUUCAACAACUCUGGGCUGUUGAGGAAGUUCAUCGAGAAGGGCUACGAGUACUGCUUCAUCUCCAACAUCGACAACCUGGGCGCCACGGUGGACCUGCGGAUCCUCAACAUGCUGCUCCACCCCGAGGGCAAGAGGCCGGAGUUCGUCAUGGAGAUGACCGACAAGACCAAGGCCGACGUCAAGGGAGGCACGCUGAUCAAGUACGAGGACAAGCUGCGGCUGCUGGAGAUAGCGCAGGUGCCCAAGGAGCACGUGGACGACUUCAAGUCGGUGAAGACCUUCAAGUUCUUCAACACCAACAACCUGUGGAUCAGCCUGCCCGCGAUCGAGCGGGUGCUGGGGGAGAACACUCUGAACAUGGAGAUCAUCGUGAACAACAAGUCGCUGUCGAACGGGAUGAACGUGAUCCAGUUGGAGACGGCCGUGGGGGCAGCGAUGAAGUCCUUCGAAGGCGGCCUAGGGAUCCACGUGCCGCGGAGCCGCUUCUUGCCGGUCAAGAAGACCUCGGACCUGCUGCUGGUCAUGAGCAACCUGUACAGCAUGCAGAGUGGCUCCCUCGUCAUGAGCGCCCAGAGGAUGUUCCCCACCACGCCGCUCGUCAAGCUCGGCGACCAGCACUUCUCCAAGGUGAAAGAGUUCCUGUCUCGCUUCGAGGACAUCCCGGAUCUGCUGGAGCUGGACCACCUGACCGUGUCGGGCGACGUCACCUUCGGCCGGGGGGUGGUGCUGAAGGGCACGGUGAUCAUCAUUGCCAACCACGGGGAUCGCAUCGACAUCCCAUCCGGAUCCAACCUCGAGAACAAGAUCGUGUCGGGCAACAUGAGGAUCCUCGACCAUUAGCCGCGGUUCGCUCGAGACACUGUUGGAAAUUUCCUGUGGCAUUGUUAUUUUAUUGUUAUUUUAUUGUUGUUUCCUGUGCAGCGGUUCUUAUUGCAAAUAGUCACUGUAAUUGUCAUGCUCAUAUGCAAACUAUAAACAUGAUUUAAAAGAGUGGUUUGUGUGCUAAUGCAGAGAUAGUAGGUGUAUAUCACAGGAUAAUAGUAUUUUAUUAUGGCAGGCGUAAUGAUUAUAAUGUAAAAGUUUUGUUGCAUAAUGCACCAUAUCCAAAUGUUGGCUGGACUUAUUAGUCCGUAAUAGCAGUAUUUUUUAAAGAAAAAAAAAAAGAAGCAUUUUUUAUGUGCCAUAGUAGAUUUUAAUAAGAAGUUAUUCAUUUUUCUGUGCAAUAAGUGUUUAUCUUAUAUUAAAAUACUCAUAAAUUGUGAGAGAUACACAAAUAAAACAUUUUAAAGAUUAAAAUUUAGUAUCCUGCUUUGUGAUGAAGUAUGAAGUUUAUUUUUAAAAUAAAGGUUUCAUUUGAACUGUGUUCAAUGUGAUCAAACUGUAGGUUCAACUUCUCGUUCACUAAAAAACACACUUGAAGGUGACAAGUUAGUUGAGAAACUGAUUUUGUUUUUAAAGAAAGUAUAGUGUGUAAGAAAAGCACAAAUAGAGUUUUAAUAAAAAAAAUAGAUAUUUCCUAAUAAAAUUACAUUUCCGAGUGUUACUGAAAUGUGUGAGUGAGAUUCUGCAAUUAAAUUGUUUCAAAUAC